AUGUUCGCGAUCAUUUUAAAUGUUCUCCUCUGCGUGCCCCACGUCCGCGCCGUGUGGGCCUGCGCGCGAUCCUGCCCGGCCGGCUGCGUGUGCACGCAGGAGCGGCGCUGCUCCGUGCUCUGCGACCGCGCCGGCCUCGCGCAGGUGCCCGGCGACUUCCCCUGCGAGGCCUCCUCCAUCAACUUGGAUAAAAACAACAUUAAGUUCCUCUCGGAGCGGGCCUUCGGGACCUUGCCGUCCCUCAGGUCCCUGUCGCUCAACCACAACAACAUCUCCUUCAUCACGCCGGGGGCGUUCAAGGGGCUGCCCAGCCUGACCGAGCUGAAGAUGGCCCACAACGAGUACAUUCGCUACCUGCACAUGCGGACCUUCACUGCCCUCCGACGGCUCGUCAAGCUCGACCUGGCCGACUGCAACCUUUUCAAUAUCCCCGACAGGAUUUUCAUUGAGCUCUCGGCUCUGCAGGAGCUUUUCUGUUUCCAGAACAAUUUCCGAAGGAUCCCAGGUGCCAUCAGGGGCAUGGAGAACCUGACCCAUGUUUACUUGGAGAGAAACAGGAUCGAAGCUGUAGCCUAUAAUUCUCUGCAGGGGCUGACCAAGCUGAAAUACCUGAAUCUGCAGGACAACAGGAUAAACGUCAUUCACGAGCGAGCAUUUCAGGGCUGCCAGAAGAUGGAGUAUCUGUACCUGAAUGACAACUUGCUCGGGGAGCUGCCAGAAAACUCCUUUGAUGGCCUGAGGUGCCUGAAAAUGCUCAACCUGGGGGGGAACUUCCUCAGGAACAUUUCCAACACUUGGUUCCGGGAUCUGGUGGAGCUGGAGGUCCUCUACCUGGACCGGAACAGGAUCAGCUACAUCGAGGAAGGGGCUUUUGAAAACCUCACCAGCUUGGUUGUCUUGCACUUGAACAGCAACAACCUGACGACCCUGCCCUUCUCCGUCUUCCAGCCCGUCUACUUCCUGGGGCGGCUGUACCUCUUCCGCAACCCCUGGGAGUGCGACUGCCGCAUCGAGUGGCUGAAGGAGUGGAUGGAGAGCUACAGGCUGGUCCGGGACAUCCCCUGUGCCUCCCCGUCCUCAGUAGCAGGGAUGGAUCUGAUGGACGUGCUCUACGACAGGUCGCCAGAAGGUUUCUGUCUUGACCCCGUGGAGCUAAACGUCACGUCCUACAGCCCGACGCCAAGCGGAGAGCCCUUCUCUACCACAGAGAGCAAGUUCAACAGCCUUAUCUCGAAACUCCUGCUCCAGAGGGGCCUUUCCGAAGAUGUGGCAAACACCACGGAGGUGUUCAGCAACACCACGCUGCCAGAUGGACUAACCGACGGGGUUUCUUCUGGUGCGGGGGAACACCGCAUCCAAGCUGUCACCUCUUUGCACCUCACCGUGAUUAUUUUUACAGGGGUUAUUUUGCAGAGUAAAUAG